AAAGGAAAAAAUGUGUCCCUUAUAUAUAUAUUUCAAGUCUGUGUUCUAAAUUUAAAUAUCUAACUUUGAUUUUGUAUGCACUUCAAACAGUUUGGGCGUCAUGUGGAGAGAGAGAGCGUUAUUGGUGAUCCUGCUACUGCUUCUAGUCCAGCAAAUUUGUGCUACCAAGAAGCAAGAUCAUGGUUGCCCCCUUUCUUCCUGCGGCAAAAUCACCAACAUAACUUACCCAUUUCGAUUAAAAGGCCAACCUAAAAGCUGCGGCGACAAUAGGUAUGAGCUAGCUUGUGAAAACAAUGUUACUGUGUUACAUUUGUACUCUGGAAAAUAUCAUGUGCAGGCAAUCAACUACAAUAAUUUCACUAUCCGAGUGGUUGAUCCAGGAGUCGAUCAACAAACAAAUUGCUCCUCCCUUCCUCGCUAUUUCUUGUCUCGCUCCAAUUUCACUGAUACUUACAAUUAUAGAUACAACAUGGAUCCAUACCAAGCUGGUGAAUAUUCAGGUCGUAGUAAAUGGGACAGGCUUGCUUUCCAGCAUAUAGUGUAUAUGAAUUGUAGCAAUCCAGUGACUCAGAAUGGUAACUAUGUGGAUACUGCAUCAUACGUCAACUGGGACUCCAAAGACAAGUACAUAUACGCUAUUGCUGGUGACUUACAAGCAGAGGACUUCCAAGUUGGUUGUCACGUAAAGCUGGUUGCUCUGACAUCUUGGUGGGGUUUGAAUAUAAACAAUUAUUCCUACGCUGCCAUGCACACGGGGCUAGUCUAUGGAUUUGAGAUUUCAUGGAUGCGCCUCAUAUGUGACCAGCACUGUCCAAGUAAACACGGCUGCGGCUACUGCUAUUUCGACUCUGUCAGCCAGGAGCUUGAUUAUUGGAACGGGGAUUCAUUAUGGAGUGAUAUAGGUGAUAUACUGGCUAGACCAGAAGCUAUUCUCCAAAUUUUCAUUAUGUUAUGGGCAUGGAAAAUUUUGUUGACAGUGCCACUGUUUAUUGUGAUUUUGACGUGUAAAUGGAGAAAAAGACAUAUGUCAAUGUUUGAAAGUAUUGAAAAUUAUCUAGAACAAAAUAACUUGAUGCCUAUUAGAUAUUCAUACAAGGAAGUUAAGAAGAUGGCGGGAGGUUUUAAAGACAAGUUGGGUGAAGGAGGAUAUGGCUCUGUGUUCAAGGGAAAAUUGCGUAGCCGGUCUUGUGUGGCAAUAAAGAUGUUAGGUAAAUCAAAAGGAAAUGGGCAAGAUUUUAUUAGUGAAGUUGCAACCAUUGGAAGAACAUAUCAUCAAAAUAUAGUACAAUUAAUUGGAUUUUGUGUUCAUGGGUCAAAACGUGCUCUUGUCUAUGAAUUCAUGUCCAAUGGAUCUCUUGAUAAAUUUAUUUUUUCCAAAGAUGAAAGUAUACAUUUAAGCUAUGAUAGAAUAUAUAAUAUAUCAAUUGGAGUGGCUCGUGGAAUUGCUUAUCUUCACUAUGGGUGUGAGAUGCAGAUUUUGCACUUUGAUAUCAAGCCCCACAACAUUCUACUAGAUGAAAACUUCACCCCCAAGGUCUCUGACUUUGGAUUGGCAAAAUUAUAUCCAAUAGAUAAUAGCAUUGUCCCAAGGACAACAGCAAGAGGGACAAUUGGAUAUAUGGCUCCAGAAUUGUUUUAUAAUAAUAUUGGGGGAAUAUCCCAUAAGGCUGAUGUUUAUAGCUAUGGAAUGCUUUUGAUGGAGAUGGCAAGCAAGAGGAAAAAUCUAAAUCCCCAUGCAGAGCGUUCAAGUCAACUUUUCUUUCCCUUUUGGAUUUAUAAUCAUAUUGGAGAUGAGGAAGAUAUAGAAAUGGAAGAUGUCACAGAGGAGGAAAAGAAAAUGGUAAAGAAAAUGAUCAUAGUUGCACUUUGGUGUAUACAAUUGAAACCAAAUGACCGUCCUUCAAUGAACAAAGUUGUCGAAAUGCUUGAAGGAGACAUUGAAAACUUGGAAAUACCUCCAAAGCCAACUCUGUAUCCAAGUGAAACGAUCACAAAAGAUUAAAAAAUCAAGUCUAAUGAGAUAAUAUCAAGUUAUUUCAUAAGUUCUUAUUAUUCUAUAUAAAUUAAUCCCUUGGUAAAGUACACUAUUUUGACAAUACACGAUAAACAUUUAUUUGUUUCUCAUUAUUGUUUUGAACA